AUGGCCACUGGUAGGUUUGCACAAGGGUCUAGUGAAUCCCUAGGGGUGAACCAGGCAGAUAGUGUUGCUGCUAAGGCUGAGAGUGCUCCCUUUCCCCAUGUCCCUACUGCCAAGACCCAAACAGAGGCUAGAGAAGGCAGCAAGGCCACAGAGCCGCUGUCCUCAUUUAUGGGUGGAAAGAGGAAGAGAGGCAACUUUAGUGAGGAAGAGAUGCUUAUGUUGACAAACAUGUCUGAUGCUGUCAAUAAUGUUGCCAAUGCUCUUAGGGAGUCUGGACCAGUCCAUGUUGAUUCUAACCUCUACCUUGCUAUGAUGGAGAUGCUUAGAUUUACUGAGGAGGCACUGAUAGUUGCCUACACCUACCUGUUGGACAACAAGGCCAAGGUAGGGGAUUUGUUGGCAUGA